AUGCGGCUCGCUCCUACCACCCGAUACCUAAUAACGACACUCAACCGCGCUCACCAGACGCCAAACGUUUUAUCAAUUAGUCAAGGGCAACAAUUGAGUCGACGUAUCUAUCAACCUUUAAUCCCGAGUUCUGCAACUCGUGGGAACGCUGUCGGCUCCGUCACUUUUGGCGUACGAUUCAUCUCACACGAGCAGACUGCACGAGACCUCAAUCAACAAGGAGUUGAUGAAGCUCUUUCGGACUUUGAUACUGCCGUCGAAGAGGAGAAGGACAAACAAACCCGAGCACCAUGGCAUCGUCAAGGGGCAGACACCCCUCCAGUCCGCCGUCAACGAUCUGCCGGCGCGAUGACCAAAGGAAAGCUGCUGACGACGCCGGCAAGACUCCUCAAACUUGUUCUUCCAUUGACCACAGUCGAUGUGAAUAGUGAUCGAAAAGAUGUUGCGCCUCUGGCCUUACUGGUCCAUCCCCAACAGCCUCUCUCUUACCUUGAGAGACUUAUACAAUCUGAAUUACCCACUAUCACCAACGACAAGGGCGAGAAUCGGGUUCCUGCAGUAACAUUCCGGGCUAAAGAAGCCAAAGAUGAUGGAAUCAGACCCAAGAAACGCAAGGCAGAGGAGGACGACGUCGAAGAAGAUUCAUCGGAUAAAACACUGGGGGAAGGCUCUGUGCAGAGCUAUAGUGGUGAAGGUAGGGAGGGUUCUGGAAAGAAUGAAGGCGAAUUUGUGAAAUGGAGUGCAUCGACUGAUAUUGGCGACUUCAUUCGGGAUGCUGCGAGAGCCAAAGAGUUUGAAGUCGAGAUUGAAGGGAGGCCAGACACUAUCAAAGUCGGCGUUCCCUCGUUCAAUGAUCGAACUUUUUAUCUGCGACAAAAACUACGCAGGACAUCAAGCAAGAUCUCAGACAUGGCAAAGCUCAAGAAGGAGUGUGAUGCCGCUGCCCACAAAACUGGCCAACGAAUAGCACUCUCCGGUUGUGGCAUUCUGGUCGGCUAUUGGUAUCUCGUCUAUCGAUUGACGUUUGAAACCGACCUUGGCUGGGACGUUAUGGAGCCUGUAACGUAUUUGGUGGGCUUGAGUGGAAUUAUUUGUGGCUAUUUGUGGUUUCUAUACCAUAAUCGCGAAGUCUCUUACCGCUCAGCUCUUAACCUCACAAUCAGUCGCCGCCAGAGCCGACUGUAUGAGUUGAAGGGGUUCGAUCUUCAGCUGUGGGAAAAUCUAAUUGAAGAAGGCAAUGCCAUUAGAAAAGAAAUUAAGGCGGUGGCCAGUGAGUAUGAUGUUGAAUGGGACGAACGUGCGGAGGAAAAGGACCCGGCCGUCACCAAGGCGUUGAAGGACGAACGAAAAAAUUCGAACGGCAAGGAAAAAUCGAAGAAGGAUGAUAAGGAUGACGACGACGACAAGAAUGACGAUUAA